AUGGAUGGGAGUGCGGGCAAGUCAGCUCCCCACCUUCGCCUGUGCGACUGGGACGACCAUGAUGUUGUUGACCAUGCAGCUCAUGUUGCUGCUGCUGCUGCUGCUGCUGCUGCCACUGGUGGUGCUGCUGCUGUUUCUGCUCCUGCUCCUGCCGCCGCUGCUGCUGCUGCUGCUGCUGCUGCCACUGGUGCUGCUGCUGCUGUUCCUGCUCCUGCUCCUGCCGCUGCUGCUGCUGCUGCUGCUGCUGCUGCUGCUGCUGCUGCUGCUGCUGCUGCUGCUGCUGCUGCUGCUGCUGCUGCUGCUGCUGCUGCUGCUGCUGCUGCUGCUGCUGCUGCUGCUGCUGCUGCUGCUGCUGCUGCUGCUGCUGCUGCUGCUGCUGCUGCUGCUGCUGCUGCUGCUGCUGCUGUUCCGGCUUCUGCUGCUGCUCAUGCUCCUGCUCCUGUUUCUGCUCCUGGUGCUGCUGCACCUGCUGCUACUACUACCAAGCCUGCUGGUGCUAGUGGUGAUCGAGGUGAUGCUGGUGGCGGUGCUGCUGCUGUUGCUGCUAAUGUUGCUGGAGGGAGGAAAUUGCAAACCGGAGAAGGUGCUGACGUGGCAGAUUGCGCGCCACGUGGCAUUCAUGCAGGAGGAGCAAGCGGAAGAAUAAGAUUAUCAUCAGGCAUCAAGGCCGAACCAGAGUCACUGCCUCCUCUCAGCUCCCCACGUGCUACCAGCACCACCCUUGCUAACAGCACCGCUUUUGUAAACAGUGCCACUCUUGCUGCCAGUAGCAGUUUUCUUGCAAGAAUUGCCGCUUUUGCCAGCAGUGCUCUUCUUGCUGAGCUGCCUGCUGCAGGAACAGGGGCAGGAACAGCAGGAGCAGCAGCAGUAGCAGGAACCGGAGAAGUAGCAGCAGCAACAACCAUAGGAAGAGGAGGAGGAGGAGGAGGAGGAGGAGGAGGAGGAGGAGGAGGAGGAGGAGGAGGAGGAGGAGGAGGAGGAGGAGGAGGAGGAGGAGGAGGAGGAGGAGGAGGAGGGGUAGCAGCAGGAGCAGCAGCGUUAGUAGCAGAACCAUCCCCUCCUGACGCAUCGAGGCCAUCUGCAAGAAUGAGAGGAAAUGCAGGAGUGAGGGACCGUGGGGGUGCAGGAACAGCAGGAGUGGCAGUAGCAGGAACUGGAGAAGGAGCAGCAGCGUCAGUAGCAGAACUAUCCUCGGAUGAAUUAAGGCCGUCUUCAAGAAUGAGAGGCAGUGCAAGAAUGAGAGGCAGUGCGGGAAUAAGAGACAGUGCGGGGGCGAGUGGCAGUGCGGGAGUGAGGGGCAGUGCAGCAGCAAGUUUUGAGGCGCCUCAAAGCUCGGGAGUGAGUGGCAGUGCAAGGAUGAGGGGCAGUGCGGGGGUGAGGGGCAGUGAGGGGGUGAGUGGCAGUGUGGGGGUGAGUGGCAGUGGGGGGGUGAGUGGCAGUGUGGGGGUGAGUGGCAGUGUGGGGGUGAGUGGCAGUGUGGGGGUGAGUGGCAGUGUGGGGGUGAGUGGCAGUGUGGGGCAGCGCAUGGCGCGCCAUGGCAACGCCUCCACGCUUGCUUCUCCACCUCCUCCCCUCUGCACACCCUCCUCGCUCCCCAACCUUCCGCUCCCCAACCUCCCGCUCCCCAACCUCCCGCUACCCAACCUCCCGCUCCCCAACCUCCCGCUCCCCAACCUCCCGCUCCCCAACCUCCCGCUCCCCAACCUCCCGCUCCCCAACCUCCCGCUCCCCAACCUCCCGCUCCCCAACCUCCCGCUACCCGACCUCCCGCUUCCCAACCUCCCGCUACCCAACCUCUUGCCGCUCCCCAAGCUUUCUCUCCCCAAACUCUCGCUGUUGAUCCAGCCUCUGUCUCCCAAGCCAAUUACCCUCCUUCCAACCAGCCUACCGCCACCCGCCCACCCGUCACCCACCCUCCCGCCAACAACUCUCCUGCCAACCACCCGCCCUCCAAACACCCUGGCACCAACCACCCGCCCACCAACCACCCGACCACCAACCGCCCACCCCCGAACCACCCUCCCGCCAACCUCCCUCCUGCCAACCAUUCGCAUUUUAACCACGCUCCUGCCGACCACCUUGCUCCCAACCACUCUUCUUCACUCAUGA